AUGGCCGCCGGGCACGUUGCUAGCCCCGCUGGGUCAUCGGAACUGCCUGCCGCCGCACUCGGUGCUGUUGCAAGCCAAAGCUUAAUCUUUACGGGGCCCGCCGGGGAUGAUGCCGCGGUGAAAGUUGGCGACGCCACCAGGAUGGAAGCCUUAAAAUCAUUUCCCAAUGGUGUUCAACUGGCAGGUAACGGUGCCGCGUCGACUUCGAAAGGAAUGUUGUGCGGCCGCUUGACGGAGGCCGGUCUUGGAGUUGAUGCCAGCCACAAGCUCGGCGGGACGGGCGGCACGGCGACGGCAGAACGUGCUGACGAGCCUAGGGAGCGUGGCAAAUCUAUAGAGAUUGCAAAGCCGCCUGCUACAGCGGCAACCACUUCAGUUGAGGAGGGGUCGCGUGGAACGCGCUCGAUGGGGCAAGAAGCUGGUGCAGCGGCGUUGCACGGACAAUUUGCUGCAUUUGAACCAGCGGCCACAGCAGCUACAACCCAAGAGGUAAACGGGUCAUGUGCGGCGACCACGAACGUCGGGAAAGGACCAACUACGGUGGAAUCACCUGCAACUACGAAAGAUACAGCAGCCACCGCUUCCGAAGUAAAGGUCCAGAAUGCUCCGACUCCGGUCGCGGCGACUCCGGCGAGCGCCAAGCAGGGUCAAGUGCCGAGCGUCGGACAGGAGGCGUCUGUGAAUUUACGCAAGCGUCCGACGGCAGCAACGGCGAAAAACCGAAACGGGCCCCUCGACAAACCUUGCCACUUGUACCUGCAGGUGAUUGGGCCAGCUCCCACGCAGGACAAGGUGCCGCCAGGGAAAAUGGUAACGCUUGGGGAUCGAGACGCAAAGCCGGUGGACCUCCUCACGACGCUGAGCAAGCCGGGGAGGUACACGCUAUAUGUGACGGCUUCCAAUCGCUGGAAUGGCGGCGGAGUGUGCAAGGACCCCUCGGAGCAGCCGAUUGAAAUCAAGCACUUCUUCAUUCCGGACAACCUAUUCCCCGCGGGGGAAGCUCGUUGCAUUGGGUGCGGGGAAGUCCUCCCCUACCGCCCCCACAGGCGGGUUAUCAAGGACCCCCUCGGGCCGGGCCCCCUAGAACUUCGGUUGAUUCCACGGUCAGGUCUCAGCUUUCUUGCCGACCUGACCGUGCACGUCUCGAUUCCCCUCCUGCGUGGAAAGGGCUCCAAGUGUAGCGCUUGUAAUACCACCCCGGCUGAGAAUUACGUCGCGCUGUCGAAUGAAGACGUGUCGAGGGCGUUGGCGUUGAAAGCGGUCGCCCACGGUACAGAUCCCGCGAUGCUCAAGGAACUCAUGGUGCCUGCGGUGCCUCCCACCAUGGCAACAACGACAGAAUCUGCCGAACCACCCGACGAGGACGCCGUCGCGACGGCGACGAUGAAAUCGCCGAAAUCGAGGUCAUAUUCGAUUCAUGAUGUUCUGGGGAUACAUGCCCCUGGUGCAAAUCAUCCAACACCCGCUUCCUCCAUCGUUGCCGCUGAGCGUCAUGUUGGAAUCGCCGCAGCGUCCCCACCGGUGCCUACUACUGCAGAGAGCACCUCUGGAAUUUCCCAGGAGGACGUGAUAACGACCUCUGCUACUCAUGUAUCGGCUGCCAACACCAACACGGGCGCGAAAGAAUCAGAGGCAGUCGGGUACGUACGGCGAGGCGAAGGGAAUUCAGGAGAAACGCGUACGGAGCAAGCAUCCAGCGUCGAAGCAUCGACAAGGCCGACGCUUGGUGAGGGAGAACCCGCAGCGCACGAGGGGCCCAGCAGCGCUGCAACCAAGGCCGACAGCGUUCUCGCUGCGAUAUCAAGUUCGUCGAAGCACAUGUCGUUGACGACACCCAAGUCGCCGGUGGCGCCGGGCCAAGGAACAAGCUCUCAGGGCGCUCAAGCGGCUCCAGGAGAUGGGGCCGUAGAGGUGGUGAAAACACCAGCAGACGGGAAGGUGGAUGAAUCCUUGAGUGGCUUCAAGCGUGCCUUGACUCUGCUUGAUCGCGCGGUGAAGGUCGGGGCAGGGAACAACAUGGGCGAGGCGAAGCGGGUGUUGUGGCCCAUCGCCGAACGCCUCCAAGACGCGUUGACGGUUGCCAGGAAGUCGAGCUCCAUCGAACCGAAGCGCUGGGACGAACUUCAAGAAGACUAUGGGGCGAUUCGCGAGAAGCUGAUGGGGUCGAGUUCCCGCGAUGGCGAUGCUCUUGGGAGGGUUGUUGCUGAGAUCGGCAGCUCUGACAAUAGCGCUGGUGCCGAUUCGGGGGUUGCAGGUUCGGAGGGUGGAGGGGCGAAGGAGAGACCGCGGCAACCAGCACAACCAGGGGCGCUUCCUCAACCACCAACCGGGCCGAGCUUGUCACAUAGUCCAAGUGGCGUGUCGCAGCUUGCUGAGGGGGACAAACCGCUUGCUGUCCCGAAAGGUCCAGCGAUUCACGACCGCGAGGCUGCCCCUGAGCGUGGCGAAAGUCGCGCCGAACAGUUGCUAUUCCAGGGAACUGGUCCCACUGCUUCAAAGGCUGUAGCCACCUCGCCAUGCGCCAGUCAACCGUCGUCAGGAGCAGCGCCGCAGCUGGAGGAUGAUGCUAGCCGUCCGGGGCAACAACCUGAGCACGGUGACCGAUCGCCAUCUUCGCCUCACCAGCAGCACGCUGGUCAAUAUUCGCGGCCGCAGCAGCAGAACACUGACCAGCAAGCAUCGUGCCUCGACCGUCGCGUGGUUGCGGCUCCAGCGCCACUCCCAGCGGCUGCGGGUCUAACCGAGCCCGUUGAUAACCACAACGGUUCCGCAGGGGCAAGCGCAGAUGCCGUGGCCGGGCCCGUUGAUAACCAGAACGAACUUACUGGGGCAAACGCAGAUGCCGUGCCAACGGCAGCAACAGCUCCCCCUUUGAAGUCGCAUUCCAGGUCGGCGGAGAAGGAUGACAACCAAGUCUGCCCCAGCUGCGGCGGUGUAGGGUUGGUCAACAAUGAUCGGAGCUCCUGCCGCAUAUGCCUCUGGAGCAAGGGGGACGUAGUCCCCAAACAGGGAGCAUGUAGUCCAGUGGCAACGGUGACGUUGGCUGCAGCAGUGCCGGGGAAGCGGCAGGACGAAGGGGUAGGGAUGGCGAAGAAGCGAGACGGGAGCAGCAAAGAUGGACAAACGGCUGCACAAGGGCCAAAAAAAGCUUGGGACACGACUUUUUGA